AAAACCGCCGGUGGCGGUGGCUGCUGCGAAAGGCCAGGCGGUGAUGCCACGUGGCCCCCUGCAGGUUUCUUUUAAAUCUCUGUGCUCCUUGACCCAUGGAGCCCACGCGAGAUUAUCCACUGUUCGGGGGCGCCUUCUCCGCCACGCUCCCUCCCGGGGCCAUUGACGUAAGCGACCUCCGACCAGUCCCGGACAAUCAAGAAGUUUUCUGCCACCGCGUGACGGAUCAGAGCCUGAUCGUGGAACUACUAGAGCUGCAGGCCCACGUGCAGGGAGAAGAGGCCGCGCGGUACCACUUUGAGGACGUUGGUGGUGUACAGGAGGCUAGGAUUGUUCAAGUGGAGGCUGUGCAACCCCUCAUUUUGGAGAACCUGGCCCUGAGGGGCUGCUGUGAAGAAGCCUGGGUCCUCUCAGGCAAGCAGCAGGUAGCUAAAGAGAAUCAGCAGGUAGCAAAGGAUGUGACACUGCACCAGGCCUUGCUGAGGCUGCCUCAGUACCAGACUGAUCUCCUGCUCACCUUCAAUCAGCCCCCCCCUGACAAUAGGUCAUCUUUUGGCCCUGAAAAUCUGUCACUUCUACCCUGGAGCCUGGGUGACUUUGAACAGAUGGUGACCAGUCUGACUCUUCAUGAUCCCAACAUCUUUGGUCCCCAGUAAAGAUGCUGAAAUGCUACAUGAUGCUGCUGAAGACUUGGGGACCCCAUUCUGCAAGGGAAACAAAGGGUUGGAUAUAUUCCCUAAAUUUCUUCCCUGUGCAUAAACAUAAGACACCUUUCUGCAGAAAUAAACUUGCUUUAUAACCAA